AUGACCCUGUUGACCAGUUUAAGAUGUCUUAAUCUUUUUGGCACAAAAAUAAAUCAGGUUCCCAAAGGCAUAGGCAAACUGAAGUUCCUCACCCAUUUAAGAGAUUAUCCUGUUGGUGAUGGAAGUGAUAAUGCUGUUGUACAGGGUGGAUGGAACUUGAAAGAGUUGUCUUCUUUGUCGCAGAUGAGGCAUCUAUCUCUUGUUAAAUUGGAAAGAGCAGCUCACUACAGCAUAAAUGGAGUGCUUACAGACAAAAAGCAUCUAAAAGAACUAGGACUACAGUGGACUGCACAUGGAGAGGUAUCAUAUUCAGAAGAAGAUGUUAGCAAUACUGAGAAAGUCUUUGAGCAGCUAAUACCUCCACACAACCUGGAAGACCUAUCUAUUUUUAGAUUCUUUGGUCGGCAGUAUCCCACCUGGUUUGGUACCACCUAUUUGUCUUCAUUAAUAUAUUUGAAACUGGUGGAUGUACGAUCAUGUGUGGAACUUCCACCGAUCGGGCAGCUAUCAAACUUGAAAUUUCUGAGAAUUGAUGGAGCACAUGCAGUUACCAAGGUUGGACCUAAAUUUGCUGGCUUCAAGAAGGGUGAUCGUGUGUGUAAUGAGUUUCGUGCUUUCCCUAAACUUGAAUGGUUGAUCUUCAAGGAUAUGCCCAACUGGGAGGUGUGGUCUUCUUUUGAGGAGGAAGUUGCUGAUGAUGGAAGGGGCGCGGAUGGAACUGCUGAGAUCCGCAAAGAGGAUGUGCAAUCUGCAAGGCUGCAACUGCUGCCCUGUUUGGUGUCGUUGCAGCUCGUGGAUUGCCCAAAGCUGAGGGCUCUGCCGCCACAGCUUGGAGAGGACACCGCCAGCUUGAAGCAGGUCGUUUUAAUUGGAAUAAACAACUUGAUGGCCAUGGAGGACUUCCCACUGAUCCCUCAGCUCAUUAUUAAGAAUUGUGAAGGCUUGGAGAGAGUCUGCAACCUCCCUCUAGUGACAGACCUGCGUGUACUUGGCUGUCCAAAUUUAAAGCAUGUAGAGGGGUUGGCCAGUUUGCAGCAGCUGGGGCUGGGCGAGGAUAUGCAACAAGAGAUAUCUUCCCGCUGGGUGCCAGAGCUUCAAGAGCAGCAUCGACAACUUCAUGGCGAAGACCUGGAUGUCUACACGUGGUCCACACAUAGGACUGAUGGCUGGUUCGCUUCGACACGCAAAGCAUCAGACAUACUAAGUUGA